AUGGUCAGACAUGGCAGAGCCCUCUGCAGAUUGGUGGUCGUCAGUCAGUGCACUCUGAUGGCACUGUGGCAGCUUCCUGGAGGCUUUGUGCAACCAUUGGCAGCUGCAAGGAGGCCCAGCAGUCAAGCAGCUAUGAAGACAAUAGCGAUGCACGCAGAGAGCACGCCAGACGCAGAGGCGCCGAGCCCGCUUGUGGCAGUUUGGCGCUACAUUGGCGGCUAUUAUGAAAUCAAAGAAUCUGACGGGAAGCUUUUCUUCCAGGAAAAUAACCUUCAGGGUGAACUAGUGGAGCAGGAUGGCUGGCUAGUUGCGGAGCUCCCGCCUGCAGGCACCAUUCGCUUAAAGCUUGGUGACUCUGGGAGUGAGGUUUUGUCAAACUUCAAGCCAGCAGAUUCGGAGAAGUGGGGUGAGUCCAUCACCGCACUGAAAGAGUGGGAAUCUUUGACCAGCCGGGUGGAGGCCCUGUACAGAGACUUGGACGGCUCAGAGUUCGAGGGCGCAGCCAUGGACGGGGAAGUCGUCGUGAAGGUCAACGGCCGACAGAGGCCAGUAGGCUUGACUUUGUCACCCAAGGCAGCCUCAGGGUCGAACUUGGGCUCCGCCAUUAAAGAAGCGCACUCAAGCGCGGUGGACAAAUCUAUGGAAGUCAUGACAGCACGUCUCCAAGAACUCUAUGCAGCACAUUUCUCUGCAACUAGACCAUGA